GGAAGUAGUCAGUGGGCAUGCCGGAAAUUCCUGCUGUUGAACAUCGGAUAUUUGUUUUCGCGAAUUUGUAAACGACUGUAUGUGAACUGAGAUAAUUUUUUCUAAGUUUAAUGAUGUUCUGAAAUUUAAUACUUCAGCAGCUGCACCAGUAUACUUGUUUGACUCUAGGGAGUUGUUAAAAAAGCACAUUAUUGUCUUUUUGUUGUCAGGCCCGAGGUUGGGCUAACGUUAGCCUAGCGUUCACUGUAGUUCUGCUAGCUAGCGUUAGCUUGUGCUAGCUAAUCCCUUAGCUCAAAAGUGUCUGUUUACUUAGCUAAACUUUCUCAUUAAAAGCGCUAUAAAGAGAACUCUGGAAGCAUGGCUGUAGUAAACGAAGGUGCCCUGAAGAAAAUGUUAAAGCAAUACAAGUACAGAGACCUGACUGUCCGUGAAAUAACAAAUGUCAUCUCACAGUAUAAGGACCUGAAGCCAGUUAUGGAUGCUUAUGUAUUUAAUGAUGGUUCCACCAGAGAUUUGAUGAGUUUGACAGGAACAGUCCCAGUGAGCUACAGAGGCAACGUUUACAACAUCCCAGUGUGUCUGUGGUUGCUGGAUACAUAUCCCUACAACCCUCCCAUAUGUUUUGUCAAACCUACUAGUGCAAUGAUGAUCAAAACUGGCAAGCACAUUGAUGCCAAUGGCAAAAUUUACUUGCCUUAUCUGCAUGAGUGGAAACAUCCUCAGUCAGACCUCUAUGGGCUGAUUCAAGUGAUGAUUGUAGUGUUUGGAGAGGAGCCUCCUGUGUUUUCUCGUCCAACCACACAGGCCCCUUAUCAGGCCUUCCAAGCUGCUGGACCUCCUAACCCUUCCUACAUGCCUGGAAUGCCUGCAGUCUCACCUUAUGGCCCAAAUCCCAACCCAGGAGGCUAUCCAGGAUACCAGUAUCCAGGGGGCAAUUCAUAUCCAGCCACUGCUGGCCCAGGGCACUAUCCCACUCAGACACCAGUCUCCACUGUGGGCCAAAGAGAUGGUACCAUUGGCGAGGACACCAUUCGUGCAUCCUUGAUUUCAGCUGUGAGCGAUAAACUUCGCUGGAGGAUGAAGGAAGAGAUGGACAGAGCUCAGGCAGAGCUAGAUGCCCUGAAGCGAACAGAGGAGGACCUAAAAAAAGGGCACCAAAAACUUGAAGAGAUGGUUUCAAGACUUGACCAGGAAGUGACUGAAGUUGAUAGGAACAUUGAGCUGCUGAAGAAAAAGGAUGAGGAGCUUAGUGAGGCCUUGGAGAAGAUGGAGAACCAAUCAGAAAACAAUGACAUUGAUGAUGUCAUUGUACCCACAGCUCCACUUUACAAACAGAUUCUGAACCUGUAUGCUGAGGAAAAUGCAAUUGAAGACACUAUCUUCUACCUGGGAGAGGCUCUCCGCAGGGGUGUCAUAGACCUGGAGGUUUUCCUCAAGCAUGUUCGCCUUCUGUCCAGGAAGCAAUUCCAGCUUCGAGCCCUCAUGCAGAAAGCCCGAAAGACUGCUGGCCUCAGUGACCUCUACUGACCCACACUGACUACCUGGAAAUAUUCAUAUCUUAAGUCUCACCUGCCCUGUUCUCUUGUGCUAUUCUUUUUAAUGUCUUCAUGUAGUUCAAGCGACCUCCCCCUUUUCAUUCUCUACGCAAUCUAUUCCUGUGAGACCGAGGAAUCAGACUUUGUUGUUCAACACGGUGAAAUUUGUGAAAAUUCUAACGUGUGGUCACAGUUGUAGUAUGACACUAUUUGUAUUUUGAUCCAACCAAAUUUUUUUUUGUCAUCUUCCAGUAACAGUCAUGACCCAUUACUGUUGUCACACACUGCCACUUACACACAGCUCUGUACGAGGUACUGCGGUUGACUCAGAAACAUGCUUAAUACACAUGCCGUUUUGAUAAACUUCAGUUGUGUGCCUAUGCUGUGUUUGUGGCUUUUGCCAUCGGUGUUUCUGGUUUAGCUAGGUUGCACAGGUUGAGCUAGGGUGUAACCAGUAUUUGCUACGCUCUGGUAAGGCCUGCAGAUUUUGUUAGCAAACCUUUUGCCAGACAAAGUCAUUUGGCUAGUAAGCACAAAAUGUUAGCGGCUAGUAAAGAGGGGCUUUGCAGAGGGCCCCAUCUGUCCAUGCCCCAAUGAAAAGGUUAGACUCUGAUAUAAAUACUCGGGGCAGCCUUUCAGGGGGGACAGUGGCUUAGCCUCAGGACUUAAUGUUGUAUGGGUCAUGUUCAGGAGCCAUGGAUUCAGAGGAUAGUUUUUCAUACAGUACAGGAGAUGACAAACAUAGACUUGAACUGUUUCCUCACUGUCUUGUGUGACAGUCUCCUUAGCCACACUUUGGACUCCAGUGCCACUUCCCCAACCAGGGUCUGAUCCCCUAGAGUCUGAUCCAUGUCAUGUAUGUGUUCUGGUGGUAUGUAUGGGGUUAUAUUAUGGUAUGUUUUGGUCACUUAGUGUGGUCUGCUCUGCAGUUUGCCUGAGGCUGCAUUAACUAAUGGUGUACAGUGUGUGUUGUGCUCUGUACAUUAUCAGUUUAAGAUGAACGGCAGAUGUGCUACAUUCUGAAAGGUAUUAUAAAGACAGUCCAGUUUUUCCUUUACUUUCCUAUUUUCCUUCUGCUGUCCUGUCAUUCUCAGCUCUACUGACAAGUUAAGAUUUUAUAUAAAUGGGGAAAAAAGUUGUGAAGGUACAAAAAAACAGAACUAUUGUACUAAUCAAAACAUUAACUUAUGUAAAAUUUGCAAACAGGUUUCAUUUAAAUUAGCCUUUUACUAAAUGCACUUUGAAUUGUAUGAUAGAAUUAUCUACUUUUUUUUCUAGUUUCAUUUCAACCAUAGAACACCUUUUCUUUUAUAUCUGUAGUUAUGUAAAUCAGUACAAAUAAAAGACAUCUGAU